GCGCGCGCUCGUGGAGAGGAGGUUUUUGGUAGCGGCGCGCUGCAUUGUGGGACGGCGACGCGGAGGCCUAGGCAGGCAGAAGUAAUUGUGAGUGUUUGACAGACGCGCGCGUGUUUACAUUAGUAUUGGGCUGAUUGUCUCAGCGCUGAUCGGUGAGUGAUGGGGCGCGAGGAUCUGGUGAGCGCGGCGGAGGACGCGGCGGAUCAGUUCCUGCGGGUCACGAAGCAGUAUCUGCCUCACGUCGCUCGCCUGUGUCUCAUCAGCACCUUCCUGGAGGACGGCAUCCGCAUGUGGUUCCAGUGGAGCGAGCAGAGAGACUACAUCCAGGCCACCUGGAGCUGCGGAUACUUCCUCGCCAGCAGCUUCGUACUCAUCAACCUCAUCGGACAGAUCAGUGGAUGUGUUCUGGUGCUCAGCAGAAACCUGGUUCAGUACGCUUGCUUUGGUCUGUUUGGCAUCAUUGCGCUGCAGACAGUCGCCUACAGUAUUCUGUGGGAUCUCAAGUUUCUCAUGAGGAAUCUGGCUCUGGGUGGAGGGCUGCUGCUGCUGCUGGCCGAGUCUCGCUCUGAAGGGAAGAGCAUGUUUGCCGGCGUGCCGUCGAUGGGAGAGAGCUCUCCGAAGCAGUACAUGCAGCUCGGCGGCCGCGUGCUUCUGGUGCUCAUGUUCAUGACGCUGCUGCACUUCGACUCCAACUUCUUCUCUGUCCUGCAGAACAUGGUGGGAACGGCGCUCAUCGUGCUGGUGGCCGUGGGCUUGAAGACGAAGCUGGCCGCUCUGACGCUGGUGCUGUGGCUCCUGGCCAUCAACGUCUACUUCAACGCCUUCUGGACGGUGCCUGCCUACAAACCCAUGCACGACUUCCUCAAGUACGACUUCUUCCAGACCACCUCGGUCAUCGGAGGCCUGCUGCUGGUGGUGGCGCUCGGCCCGGGCGGCGUGUCGAUGGACGAGAAGAAGAAGGAGUGGUGAGGAGACGUUCACGAGGAGCCCGAGACGCCGGAGCUCGCCGCGGUGCAUCCGGGUUAUUUUUAUCGCAUUGUUAAAUCCUGGAGUUUUAUUUACCGCCUCGCCCUGCGUUGCAGCAAUUGAGGAGAUUCCUAUUCGUUUCAAUCUGGUUUUGUGUUUAAUAAUGAAAGCGUGUUUAUGGGGAAGCGUUCCGUGGGAUGUUUGUGAGCGAUGACACGGCGUGCAUCAGAUCUUCUUCUUCCUGGACUGUUUCUCAUGUUAUUUGCGAUGCAUCAGACGUCUGUGAACUCUGAACUGUAGGCGUCUCGGGCGAGUUUGACGGGCCGUUUGUCAGAUUCUGUUGUUUUACAAUCGACGCCGGACGAACGGGACGGUUAUCCAAGUGUUUUCUGUUGAUUCUAAGAAAGACAAGUCACUGUAUUGAUUUUUUCAGAAGUUUAUAUUGUAUUUUUGACUUUGGGUUUUCAGAUCGUGGCGGAAAAAUAAAGCAAAACCAACAAAUGA